AUGGCUGAGCCAGUGAUUCCUAACGGGCAGAAGCCUGUUUUAGAGGUUCGUACGACAAUAGACAACGAAGAAGACAAUAAGGAACCAAACAACAGUAAUGUCAUUCUUAUUCAUGGAAUCUAUGGGACAAGUCUAGAUUCGUGGACAAGAGGGUCCAACACGAUAUGGAUCAACAAAGCAUUCGCCGAUGUUUCAGCAAGAAUGGGACGCAUCAUGUCCUACGGUUACCACACAGAUGUUGAGAAAGGCAGAUACUAUUCACCAUAUGGUAUCUAUCAAGAAGCAGAGGCGCUUUUGGAAGCCCUCCGAGAACUUCGGACUCCCAAAAUAAAGUGUUUCUUUGGGUAUCCGCACAGAUAUCCUUCGAUCAAUCUCCUGGAAGAGUCUGUGUUGCGUUUACUAGACCAAAAGCGUCAGCUCUGGUCCGGCAACAUGGUCUGGUACGCCAAAUGCCUCACAAAGACGAUUGUGAAAGUGAACGAUGCGUUUCUUGGAACUCAGAUGCUCACCCAGGCCAACUUUGUCAACGUGGUUUCUAAUCUCCACCUAGAACCGUCACAACAGAUAUUUCCUCUUUCUAUGUCUACCAUGGCAACCCCAUUUGAGCGAGUGGUGAAGAUGGAGAAACCAAACUGUGACCUCAUCUUGGCCGGAGAAGAUGGGUCCCAUCCUGUCAAUGAUGUCUCUUACUCAGACUGGCUUAUGGGUGACUUGAAUGACGAACAGCGUGUGGCCCUUCGUAAAGUUAUAAACCAAGCGUCGCCUGUAUUGCCAUAUCUCCAGGCCGAUGAAGACUGGCAACAUCCAGACCUUCUAGACUUACCAGAGCGAGCAGAAACUAUCAUCGUGCAUAUGAGAUGUUCUUCCGGUGCCGAGGCAGCAACCGAGAACGCCAGUUUCUUUCUAAACAACAGAAGCGGCACAUAUCAUCCUCUACUGUACAUGAAGUUCGAUGCUCAUGAUAUUCGAUUCAACACCUGUGAAGCUAUGUUGCGGACAUUCAUUGCUCGUAUUUCAUGCAACAGACUGCAGACUGAAAACACGGUAUCAAGAACAAUGGACACUCUUAUCACUUUCGAAGCUUUGCACCGAGUUACUCUGUUCAAUGAGGCAGAGAGACUACAAAGCAUAGAAGAUAUAGAGAUGGGUAUUCAAGUCCUGGGGUGUUUUGAUGAGUGCGAUGACUCUUCGAUAUGGUUUCUCCGUGAAAUGCGCAAACGUCUUCUCAGAAACGAGAUGUGGAGCAAGUUGUUGAUAACCACCACAAAAGGAACUCCUGGUGAUGCAAAUAUCGUAUCUGCAUUGUCUGAAUUUCCCCCAGAAUAUGUCAGAACCAUCAAUUACGACCCCGAGGAGCCCAUACCGUUUCCUGUUGACAUGGAAGCAUCAAAACUCAUGAAAGAGCUAGGUGAAUGUGUCGGGGUCGACCUGCAUCGAGAUGUCCUCAGCAUACUCUCUAGCUGCGCGAGCGAUCAUGAUCUUUGUGGAUUGGUCCUCGAAUGGCUCGGAUCCUGCACGACUCAAAUUGCACGUAUCACGAGGCUACUGGGCAAAACCGUUACCCCAGCUCUACUUUUCGCGGAAAUACUGGAAGAUAUCGCUGAGGCACAUCGAACUUGGGCUAAGAUGCUACUGUCUUGGCUCUUGGCCUGCUACAGACCACUGAAAUGUGACGAGUUCCACCGUGUCUCUGAUACAGUGUGGACUCGAGUAGUCGAAAGCGAAGCCACUCGACCGAAUUUGGCAGAUAUUCUACAGAGCUUUCAUGGACUGAUCACUCCUGUGAACGGAGAGAUUAAAUUCAGGCAUCCUGCCACUCGUGCCUGGCUCGAAAGCCGUCACUUAGUUGUCGAUAAAGGUAUUUGGUAUGAUACAGACGAGACUGAGCGCCACGAGAUGGUACUGCGAACUUGCAUCGACUAUAUCCAAGAUGCAGCUGAGAACCCAGAUGACGCGACACUGCAUCUUCCUUACGCCAUUGAAUUCUGGCCCAAGCACUGGCAGUUAGUCGAGACCUCCGAAAAGCAAGUGGUAGACCUGUUUGAGAACGAUACAGUGUUCGAGUUCUGGGCAAACUCACUAGUUGGCCUGAAAAACACGCUUUUGAAGCCACCUCCAAAACAUAUAAAGCCCCUUCCUGUUGCAGCUCACCUGGGCUUGACGACAGUCGCAGAAACGCUUUUAAGAAGAAGCCCAGAUCAACCUGAGUCACGGGACCAGGCCUUAAUUGAGGCUUGCAGAGCAGGCCAUGUUGCUGUCAUUCGACUUUUGAAUCUACACGAAGCCGCGAGAGUUGCUGGCAACUCAUACAACAGCGAAGCUCUGAGAGAAAUCGUCAACGGUCUACCCGAGCCCCCAAAGACUGCCUCAGUGCAGGAAUGCACGAGACACGAGUUUGAAGCGAACUCCAAGCCCACAAAGAGUCAAGAGAAGAACGAUCAGCAAGAUAACUCAUCGGACGGAGCGAUGAAGGGCGAACAAGAGGUUAAAGACAUGAAAUCUGAAGAGCAUGUAUCCGGGCCACUCGACUGGCUUGUGAUGCCGAUGAACAGAGCGGUCAAGUCAGGGAUGGACGAUGUUGUCACUAGACUACUCCAGCUUGGAGUGGACCCUAACCCCCCAAAGGGCAUAACCCCCUACGGCAACAGCUUCAUCUACACAGCAGCCAACACCUCCAAUAUAAGCUGCGCAAAACUCCUCAUCGAAGCGGGAGCGAACCCAGCUGCAAGAAACGACCAAGGUUAUACUCCAUUGCACACCGCUAUUGACUGGGCUUCUGGCGAGACAGUCGAGUUCUUACUUGAGCAUGGCGCUAGUAUCGAGGAUGAAGACCCAGAGAACCGCAGAGCUUUGGACAUGGCUGCUUCAUGGGGCUCUUUCACGGCAUUGGAGAUCAUACUACAGCAAAAGGACGAGGUAGAACGCUUGGAGCAUCAUCCAGAUCGAUACCCAGUAAAUCAGGCGGCUGAAUCUGGUCAUAAUAAAUGUCUCGAGAUUCUUCUCCGACAUGGCUUCAGUCCUAACAUUGUCACAUCAACAGGAGAAACCGCCUUGAGAUCUGCCAUUCAAGCUGGAAGAAUUGACCUUUGUAAGAUAUUACUGGACAAUAAAGCUGAUCCAGAUCUGACACCGGAAAAUGCGAAUACACCUCUUAUACAGGCAAUCUCCAUGGGCGAUCUCGGCAUGGUUAAGCUACUCAUCGAACACGGGGCCACAAUAGACAAGCGUGAAGCACCGCCAGAUGAAGGGUGGUCACGAACGCCGCUGAACGUGGCCGCCGACUGGAGUCAACCAGAUAUCUUUCAAUAUUUACUUGAAAAGGGGGCAGAUCCCAAUGCCCGCGACUCAGACGACAUACCAGUGAUAGGCGCUGCAGUAGACGGUGGACACACGAACAUGGUGAAAUGGCUAGUAGAGGCGAGUGCCGAAGUGAAUGCCACCUACUUCGAGGCCAAAUCGACGCCACUUCAUGAAGCUACAGCCUAUCCUGAAAUGGUUCGUCUUCUGCUCCAGCAUGGUGCGGAUAUCAGCAAGGUCAAUGCGUAUUCGAGAACAGCCUUGAACUACGCCAUCUGUGCGAAUAGCCUGGCCGCUGUUCAGAUUAUGCUUGAGGAGACCAAGGCCAAGUUUGAUCUUGGUGCAGCCAACAUCGAACCAGACCUACGCGCGGCAGUUAGUUCUGGGUGGACCGAGGUUGUUGAGGCACUACUUGAAGCUGGAGCAGACAUUAACGCCAUUGAUGAGGAAAAUAAAUCACUCUUGGCAUGUGCUAUGACAAAAGGUGCAUCAAUUGACAUGAUUCGCAAGGUUCUUGAAUACAAUCCCGAUCUGGAGCUGAAGGACAACAAGCAGAAUACGGCACUUCAUUGUAUCAACACUUCGACAAGUCUCGAUACCGUCCGACUUGUCGUCAACGCUGGUGGAAAACUCAAUGUCUUGAACUCCGAGAAUGAGACACCACUGAUCUACGCUAUCCGAGCUCAGCUUGAUGAUGUCUUUUCUUAUAUGCUGAGAAAGGAGCCUGCGCUGCUGAAUGGGUCCGUGGCAUUGUCUAAGCAAUCAGUUACACCCCUCCACGAGGCAUGCAGAGCAGGUACACUGGCCAUGGUUCGAUCAUUGAUUGAGCAUCAGGUGGAAGUCAACUCGACCUGUAAAGAUGUCUACGGAACCCCUUUGAUCGCAGCGACCCUUCGAAGCGAUGUUGCAUCAUCUGGUCUAGCAAGUGAGAUCAUCGCUCUACUUCUUGUGAAUGGAGCCGAUCCAAAAGUCCCAGCUGGGCUAUUCCGAUAUCCACUCAUCUCAGCAUGUCUGGCCUGUCCUAAUGAUACAAUGAAGCUACUCCUGAACUCUGACGCUUCACCCCUCGACCAAGACUCCUUAACUCGCAAGCCGGUUCACUUGUCCUGUUACAACUCCCUUGACGUUCUCAACCUCCUGGAAAUCCCAGACUCGGACUUUUCAGCCAGGGAUAUAGUUGGUAGAGUCCCUCUACACUAUGCUGUAAUGAGAGGAGAUGUGGAGUUAGUGCAAGCGGUUCUCGAGCGUUCUAAGCGAGCUGGCAUUGAUAUCGAUGUUAAAGACGACGACGGGUGGACACCACUUCUCUGGGCUUUUCGCGUAUCUCCCAUCUGGAAUCAUCAGCUUGUAGAUCCUGUUUCAACUCUUCAAGUGGUCUCACUUUUAGUGAAGAAUGGUGCCGACAUUAACGCAAAGGGGCAUGGAAGCGGUAAAGACUGGACGUUCCAUGAUGUGGCCUACUAUCACCACGCUGAAAGUAUCGAAAUGCUCCUAGAUCAAAAGUCUGCAGCAAGCCAAGGAAAUAGUCCAGCGAAAAAGCGAGGUAGUCUUCCAGUGCCCCCAGGUGACGAGAGCUGGUUCUGUCAUUGCUGUUUGCUCGAAAGCCACGGUAUCUAUUUCAAGUGCUCAUCGUGCCACGACUUUACCCUGUGCUAUAAAUGUCACUGGUCUUCUUCCAAGACACAUCCUGAUCAUUCAUCGUACAUUCGACACGGGAGCGAGUGGUAUGACGACAGCACGUCAGAGCAAGAGAAGAUCAGCGAGAUGGGUAUAGACGAUGGUGGUAGGGAUGAAGAUGUGCUAUUGGAUCGUGAAGAGAUUCUGUAUGAAGAUUUUGAUAGUGAGAUGUCAGAUGAGACAUCGGAGCACUAG